CGGGGCGCUGCGAGUGCGAGCGCGCAGACCUCUGAUGCGUUUUAAUCUGCGCGCCUGCCUUUCCGGGCUUCGUCGGCGCGCACCAAUUUCCGCAUCCGGCUCCGGACGCUUCCGGUUUUAGCUGGGCUCAUGUUGGAGGUGUGCCAGAGACUUCCACAUGUUGGACAGUAGGAUUCAGCAGAGAAUGAGCCCCACAUCCUCUUUUCAUCCAUAAGCCACUCUUCGCAACUGCUCUUCCACCUCCCAUUGUCCCUAUGUCUACUUUACUGCUCAAUCUGGAUUUCGGGGAACCUCCUCCCAAAAAGGCAUUAGAAGGAAAUGCCAAGCACCGAAAUUUUGUCAAGAAGCGGAGGCUGUUAGAACGGAGAGGCUUUCUGAGUAAAAAAAACCAGCCCCCUGGCAAGGCACCUAAGUUGCACUCUGAACCUCUAAAGAAAGGGGAAACUCCGAAGGUGGAUGGCACUUGGAAGACCCCUUCUUUCCCAAAAAAGAAGACAGCUGCCUCCAGUAAUGGGUCAGGACAGACCCUGGACAAGAAAGCUGCAGUGUCUUGGGUGACCCCUGCCCCUUCAAAGAAGGCCGAUUCUGUCAUGGCUAAAGUAGAUUUGCUGGGGGAGUUCCAGAGUGCCCUUCCAAAGAUCAGUAGCCACCCAGCCCACUCCCAGAAGAAGGGCCUCCAGAAGAAAUCCUCUAAGAAGAAUCAUCCUCAGAAGAAUGCCCCACAGAACUCCACCCAGUCUCAUUCAGAGAAGAAAUGCUCCAGAGCAUUCCAGAAGUUGCCACAGAAGAUGGUGGCAAUUGACUGUGAGAUGGUGGGCACAGGACCCAAGGGGCAUGUUAGUUCCUUGGCUAGAUGUAGCAUUGUCAACUACGACGGAGAUGUGCUUUAUGAUGAGUACAUCCUUCCCCCCUGCCAAAUUGUGGACUACCGGACCCGAUGGAGUGGCAUCAGGAAGCAGCACAUGGUGAAUGCUACACCCUUUAAGAUUGCCCGAGCCCAGAUCUUGAAGAUACUCACAGGGAAGAUAGUGGUGGGACAUGCCAUCCACAACGACUUCAAAGCCCUUCAGUAUUUUCACCCCAAGUCCCUCACCCGUGACACCUCCCAUAUCCCCCCACUCAACCGGAAGGCUGACUGCCCGGAGAAUGCCACCGUGUCUCUGAAGCUUCUCACCAAGAAGCUGCUAAACCGGGAUAUCCAGGCUGGGAAGAGCGGACAUUCCUCUGUGGAAGAUGCCCAGGCCACCAUGGAGCUGUACAAGUUGGUUGAAGUCGAGUGGGAAGAGCACCUGGUCCAGAAUCCCCCUAAAGACUAGCAGCAGUGGAGAUGCUGGUGAUGUGGGGAGGCAGAGGCAGUGCCCAGGAGAAACAGCAGCAGACCAGUGACAGCUCCACCAGCUCCUCAUCUUUGGAAGCUAGAAUUGUGGGGAGAGAGCACUACCCCACACUUAAUAUGCAUUGAAAUUUCACCUCAGGUGUUGUGUCCUGUGUCUGGCUAAGUGUCCCAUGGAAGGGGGAAGCCUUCACAUCAGAACCCAGCCCUAUACCGUUUACUUCUUAAAUGGUGCUAACCCGGUGUCCAGGGUGCUCUGUGCCAGUCAAGAUUUUUAACUUUCAAGUGGCAGGGCAUACUGGGAAAUGUAGUUUCCCAAGCUGCUUUAUCACUUGGGCAGACAUUUGUCUCCUUUUAUGCCUUUUCGUCUUGAGUGAUUAACAGCACCUUCUUCCACGCUCAGAAGUGUCCUGGUUGGGGCCAGGCAUGGUGGUAAUCCCAACACUUAGGAGACCAAGGUAGGCAGAUCACCUGAGGUCAGGAAUUCAAGACUAGCUUGGCCAACAUGGUGAAUCCCCAUCUCUACUCAAAAUACAAAAUAUUAGUGGGGCAUGGUGACGGGCUUCUAUAAUCCCAGCUACUUGGGAGGCUGAGGCAGGAGAAUCACUUGAGCCUGGGAGGUGGAGAUUAUAGUGAGCCAAGAUCAUGCCACUACACUCCAGCCUGGGCAGCAAGAGCGAGACUCUGUCUCCAAAAAAAAAAAGAGAUAAAAUAUGUUACCAAUGAGUAGUAAAAUUAAAAAAAAAGAAAAAAGUAGGAAAAAUAAUUUAAAUUUAAAUAAAAGGAAAAAAAAAAGAUUAAAAAAAUGUAUCAACCUGGUUGGAUAAUAAAUUGUAUGGUCCCUUUCCAUGUCACAGACUCUGCUUUUGGCUCAGAAUCUAUAUCUAGCCUGUGUCAGGACAUUGCCUGUUCUUCCCACCGUGACCUCCAGAGCAGCCAUAGCUGGUGAGGUUUAGUUCUUAGGGUUCCAAGGCAGUGUAUCGUGGAAAUCAACGUUUGUGAUUUAGGAAAGCAGUUCUUUCCUAAGAUAAUGGGGGGUUAUUUCAUUUAGGCCCCAAUUGGUAGGAUUUUAAAUAAUUUAUAAGGUGUUUUAAUAAUUUUGUUGUCUUUUUUUACCUUGCUAAACCAAGCUUCUAAAAACUCAAGUUAUUCCGUUGAUAAAUUUUUAUAAUGGAAAAGCAA